AAAGAAAGUUGAUGUAUUUCAUUCCAUAAUUAAAUAGAGGAAUAAACACAAUACACAAUGCACUUGUUUCGCGGGAAGGACGAUUAACAAACUAUCUUCUCCUUCCAUCCUUCCAUAACUGAAAAUCAAAUCCCGCUUUUCUCUCUCUCUCUCUCUCUUCCAUUUCUCGAUUCAAACCUUCUCUCUCUUUCUCUCUCUUCCUUUCAUCUCUCACAAUGCUAUGAAGAAUCCCAAUCCAUGUCUUCCAACCCUCCACCACCGGAAAAUGAUCCACCACCAGCGACAUCGUCGCCGGUAUCCGCUAAAUCCAGAACUCUUCAGAAAUUCCCUCCCAUUGUAAACCGACGCACCGCGACAUUAUCAUCAAACAAUGUAGACGACGAAUGCAAAGAAGAGAAUAAUAAGAACAAGAAUCAUGACAAUGAGGAGGAAAGUGAAGAAGAAGAAGAAGAAGAAGAAGAAGAAGAAGAAGACGUUCUUGUAACUGAACGUGAAUUCGAACGUGCUGAAUGUUCUUAUUCUUCUUCCAUUUUGCAAGCUUCGUCGUUAGGUCUUAAUCAAAUUCGAACGCGAUUCUCUUCGCCUCUUCGUCAUUCUUCUUCUGCUGGUGCUCCAUCUUUCCCUAUAAAAGAUGUUGUCAACAAUGUCGCUAAAUUUAGAUCUAGAGUUUCACAUCCUAAAGACCUAGGGGAAAAAGUUCAUUGGAAUCAAUCCAAAUCGUUGAAAGCUCGUUCACAACUCCUCAUACUGGAGGGAAAUCAUGCAGCUUAUGCCAAAGAUUUUCAAUCCCCACGUUAUCAGGAAAUUCUUCGACUUACAAGUGGUAAGAAAAGGAAAAACCGGCCUGAUAUUAAAAGCUUUUCCCAUGAACUUAACUCCAAAGGAGUUAGGCCUUUUCCAGUCUGGAAAAAUCGUGCCUUUGGGCAGGAAAUCAUGGAGGAGAUUAGAGCUAAGUUUGAAAAACUAAAGGAAGAAGUUGAUUCUGAUUUGGGUGGUUUUGCUGGUGAUUUGGUGGGUACUCUUGAAAAAAUACCUGGGUCUCAUCCUGAAUGGAAAGAGGGGUUGGAAGAUUUGUUGGUUGUUGCUCGACAAUGUGCAAAGAUGACAGCGGCUGAGUUUUGGAUCAACUGUGAAACUAUUGUUCAAAAACUAGAUGAUAAACGUCAAGAUAUACCGGUGGGGAUCCUCAAGCAAGCACAUACGCGCCUGUUGUUUAUUCUCUCUAGGUGCACUCGUCUAGUGCAAUUCCAGAAGGAAAGUGUUAAAGAACAAGAUCACAUUCUUGGUCUUCACCAACUCAGCGAUCUUGGAGUAUAUUCCGAGCAAAUUAUGAAGGCUGAAGAGAGUUGCGGUUUUCCACCCAGUGACCAUGAGAUGGCUGAGAAGCUGAUAAAAAAGUCACAUGGGAAAGAGCAAGACAAACCGAUUACAAAACAAAGUCAAGCUGAUCAACAUGCAAGUGUUGUGAUUGAUAAUGUGGAAGUUACUACGGCAAGUACUGAUUCGACUCCUGGAAGCAGCUAUAAGAUGGCUUCUUGGAGAAAGCUUCCAUCUGCUGCGGAGAAAAAUCGUGUAGGUCAAGAUGCAGUAAAAGAUGAAAAUGCUGAAAACUGGGAUACUUUGUCAUGUCACCCUGAUCAACAUUCACAGCCGUCAUCUAGAACGCGGAGGCCUUCUUGGGGAUAUUGGGGAGAUCAGCAAAAUCUAUUACAUGAUGAUUCAAUGAUCUGCAGGAUUUGUGAGGUUGAAAUACCAAUAUUACAUGUGGAGGAGCAUUCUCGAAUAUGUACAAUUGCUGAUAAAUGUGAUUUGAAAGGCUUAACUGUAAAUGAACGGCUUGAAAGAGUUGCCGAAACAAUUGAAAUGUUACUUGAUUCCUUGACACCAACAUCAAGUUUGCAUGAAGAGUUCAAUGAGUUAUCUCUAGAAAGAAAUAACAUGUCAUCUAGAUGCUCUGAAGAUAUGCUUGACCUUGCUCCUGACAAUACUUUUGUUGCGGAUGAUCUAAACCUUUCACGGGAAAUAUCAUGCGAGGCUCAUAGCUUAAAACCUGAUCAUGGCGCAAAGAUAUCUUCUCCUGAAAGCUUGACACCGCGAUCACCGUUGAUUACACCCAGAACAAGUCAGAUAGAAAUGUUACUAAGUGUAAGUGGAAGAAGACCAAUAUCUGAACUUGAGAGUUACGACCAGAUAAACAAGCUAGUUGAAAUAGCUCGUGCUGUUGCAAAUGCGAACAGCUGUGACGAAAGUGCUUUCCAGGAUAUCGUUGAUUGCGUGGAAGACCUGAGAUGCGUAAUUCAGAACAGAAAAGAGGAUGCACUUAUUGUGGAUACUUUCGGUCGACGAAUAGAGAAACUUUUGCAAGAAAAAUAUUUAACUCUUUGUGAGCAAAUACACGAUGAAAGGGCAGAAUCAUCAAAUAGCAUGGCUGAUGAAGAGAGUUCAGUGGAUGAUGAUACAAUCCGUAGCCUUCGUGCUAGCCCAAUUAAUGGUUUUUCUAAGGACAGAACCUCUAUUGAAGAUUUUGAAAUAAUAAAACCAAUAAGCAGAGGUGCGUUUGGACGAGUUUUUCUUGCCCAGAAAAGAUCGACUGGUGAUUUAUUUGCUAUUAAGGUUCUGAAAAAGGCAGAUAUGAUUCGUAAAAAUGCAGUUGAAGGUAUUUUGGCUGAGCGAGACAUUCUUAUAUCUGUUCGAAACCCUUUUGUGGUCCGAUUUUACUAUUCUUUCACAUGUAAAGAAAAUCUGUAUUUGGUUAUGGAGUACUUAAAUGGUGGAGAUCUCUAUUCUAUGUUGAGAAACUUAGGUUGCUUAGAUGAAGAUAUGGCUCGUGUAUAUAUUGCAGAAGUUGUUCUUGCGUUGGAGUAUUUGCAUUCGCAAAGCAUAGUUCACAGAGACUUAAAGCCAGAUAACUUACUGAUCGGACAAGAUGGUCAUAUUAAGUUGACAGACUUUGGACUCUCAAAAGUUGGUCUCAUCAACAGCACGGAGGAUUUAUCAGCACCCGCAUCUUUCACUAAUGGUUUUUUAGUCGAUGAUGAACCAAAACCUCGACAUGUUUCAAAAAGGGAGGCACGUCAACAACAAUCAAUAGUUGGCACUCCAGAUUAUUUGGCACCCGAAAUACUUUUGGGCAUGGGACAUGGUACAACUGCAGAUUGGUGGUCUGUGGGUGUCAUACUUUACGAGCUUCUUGUGGGUAUUCCACCUUUUAAUGCAGAUCAUGCACAGCAAAUUUUUGAUAACAUAAUUAACAGAGACAUACAAUGGCCAAAGCAUCCUGAGGAGAUCAGCUUUGAAGCAUACGAUUUGAUGAACAAAUUACUGAUCGAAAACCCAGUCCAAAGAUUAGGUGUAACAGGAGCAACAGAAGUUAAACGCCAUGCUUUCUUCAAGGAUGUUAAUUGGGAUACGCUAGCAAGGCAGAAGGCUAUGUUCAUACCAUCGGCUGAAGCUCACGAUACAAGUUAUUUCAUGAGCCGCUACAUUUGGAAUGUAGAGGAUGAUGAACAUUGUGCUGGAGGUAGUGAUUUUUAUGACCAUUCUGAAACAUCCAGCAGUGGUUCAGGAAGCGAUUCAUUAGAUGAAGAUGGUGAUGAAUGCGCUAGUUUAACAGAAUUCGGUAAUUCAGCUCUUGGCGUGCAGUACUCGUUUAGUAACUUCUCAUUUAAGAAUAUAAGUCAGCUAGUGUCUAUCAAUAUGAUGCAUAUCUCCAAAGAAACACCGGACGACUCCAACCCGUCGUGAUAUAGCAGAAGAGGUUUGUAAAUUUCUCCAAGCAGUGAGGUUCAAUUUGGCGAACUUCUUAUAGAAAAUAGUAUGAGCAUUUUCAGUACUACCACGGAUGCUACAUCCACGCAAUUACUAUAAUAUAGUAUUGAUACCAUUUUAGCAGUAAUGCGACGUGCCUCUGAAAUUCAUUUUUGUUUUCUGCUGCUCUAGUUUAGAAAUGACAAUUAUUUUCUAUAGGACUCAAUAGAGUGAAACAGACACUGUAAUGUCUUUCACCCUUUGCUGAUAUUAGAGUCUUCUUUGUAAAAAAAAAAAUGCUUCUUAAACGUUCUUGAUUGAAUUAUUUCUUGUUCAUUUUAUAA